GUGGAUAAAUUAUCAAUGUUUAAAACGGAGGAUCAACUUAAAAAUCGAAUAAAACGGUUUUGGGAGGAAUCGAAUGAACUUAUGCUAAUUCUUCAAUGUGACAUUAAUAUCGUACAUGCUGGUUGUAUUAGGUCAGCGAAAUUCAUCAUUGAGCAAUUUCAGAAUGAAUUUUCGAAAAAAAAUCCAGAUAAUACUAAAUAUGUUUGUAUUAUUCUUCAUAUUCAACGAAAUCAAAAUUAUAUGUCUUUAUUUAAUUUUAUGUGCGGGUGGAAACAAGUUACAAUCGAGAGUUUAACGCCGCAAGAGAAGCAUUUGUCAACUAUCUUAAAUGGUUCUUUAAAUGAUAUCAUUAAAAACGAAUAUACGUUUGAGGAGAUUUUAAUGCAUGAAUUGUUAUGGUGUUUAUCAUGUAUUAGGUAUCCAUCUACGUUAAAAUCAGUCGAUCAUAUAAG